AUGGAUUUUAAUGCUACUACGAAACACUAUGAAACAGAUGGUGAUAAUCUUGGACAGUCAUCCCUACAAUAUCAACAAUUUAGCUCAGCAACUAUUGCUAUACGUGCUCAAAAAAAGAUUCUUUCCAAAAUUGUCUCAAGGAAUAACGCAAAAUUAUUCGUGGAUGAUGUUACUAUUCGUUUAUUCGAUUAUCUCUAUCAAAUCCUGAAGACGGCAUACAAUAAAGUGAUCGCUGAAAAGGUGGUGAAAAAUAUUAUCAAACUUGUUGUCAAACUGGGUGUGGUAUUGCGAAAUGAACAAUUUACCGCAGAGCAACAAAAUCAACUUGCAAAAAUUCAACGACAAAUGCGCCAACUUUGUCUUACAGUCAUUUCGUUCGGUAAAGUGGCAUUCUCCUAUGAUUAUACAUAUUUGAAUGCAUUACUCAAGGAGACCUAUCGUCGGCUGUUACCACUGGUAGAACAGAUUCUUAGCGACAAAUCCAAACAACGCUUAGAUAUGAUUUUUGAACAUCUGUGUAAGGAUUCGGUGUUGGAUUCACUCUUUCGAGCAGAUGGUCAACAUUGGAAACUUCUUCCAAAGAUUAUAAUAGAUCUCGAAGUACUUAUUGAUAGGAAAGAACUGUGA